GAAGUCCAAGCGCAGGCCAAACUAAUCAAUGAUGACAGAGUUCAUGAACCACCGGGUCCCUGCCCACAAGAGGUACCAGCCCACCGAGUACGAGCAUGCAGCUAACUGUGCCACCCAUGCUCUCUGGAUCAUCCCCAGCAUCCUCGGCAGCUCCAACCUCUACUUCCUGUCCGACGACGACUGGGAGACCAUCUCUGCUUGGAUUUACGGCCUCGGCCUCUGUGGGCUCUUCGUGGUGUCCACCAUGUUCCACACCAUCUCCUGGAAGAAGAGCCACCUCAGGAUGGUGGAGCAUUGCCUGCACAUGUUCGACCGCAUGGUAAUCUACUUCUUCAUAGCAGCGUCCUACGCGCCCUGGCUGAACCUUCGGGAACUGGGCCCCUGGGCCUCCCACAUGCGUUGGCUGGUCUGGAUCAUGGCCUCGGUGGGCACCAUCUACGUCUUCUUCUUCCAUGAGCGGUACAAGCUGGUGGAGCUGCUCUGCUAUGUCAUCAUGGGCUUCUUCCCCGCCCUGGUCCUCCUUUCAAUGCAGUCUCUGUUCACUGUAGAAGAUUUGGAGUAUUUGGAAAAGCAUAAAGUAAAUGAAAAACCCUGCAUUAGCUGUCUCUUGCUGCAAAACAACCCUAAAAUACAGUGGCUUCAAACAGCAAAAAUCAUCGGCAUCUCUCAUGGCUUCCGUCAGUCGGGAAUUCAGAGUCUGGGCCUCAGCCUGAGGAUGUGAGGGCUGGCCGUGAAGAUCGUCUGAAGGCACAUUCACUCACAAGUCCGGUGGGGCACACUGGCAGCCGGCUAGAUCCUGUUUCAAAAUGUAGAUUUUAUUAUUCCGGGAUGGUAAGGCCAAGAGAUCAGGAGAUGACUGACCUGGAAAAGAUAGUUUGUCCUUCACAGUUCCCGGGGGAGGGGGCACGGGAUGCCACACGGGGCCACAUGGGGAAGCACUAGGGUAAGGGGGCAGAGAGCAAGGGGAAAACAUGGGUAUCAGGUUUGUUGUGGCUUCUGAGGGAGGGAACAGAUGAGGUUUAGGAUUAGCAGAUUUAGGAUUGGCUAGUUUGAGGAAUUUCCGCAGGCUCUGGUGCAUAGGGGGGCUGUCCCUCGUUGUGUGGCAUUUGGUCCUGGGGUGAUGAGGACAGGGGAGUAUUGGUCUGGAGUAUGUGAGCCAAACAGAGAAGGUGGGGAAGGCUGGUCUCCAGACUGGUGGUUUUGCAUAUGAAACGUAUGGCUCACAGGUGGGUUGUUUACUCUCUCCAGAGAUUGGCUACUCCUGGGAGGGGCAGUCUUCCCAUGGUUGGUAUAAGGGCCCAGAUAUGAAAACAUCAAAAGCAAAGACAUCUUAAUACACACCAAGUGACUUCCCCAUUGGUCUGGGCUUCCCUUUACAACAGGGCAGCUGGGUCCCAAGAGAAAGAAAGAGCCAGGUAGGAGACAGAUGUCUUUUAUGACCUAGCCCUGGAAGUCUUCACUUCAGCUAUAUUCUACAGUUGACACAGCUAAAAAGUUCUUCCAGGAAAAAAAAAAAGUCCUCCCAUGAUCAAGGAGGGAGGGAAGGCAGACCUCCUCCGCAUCACCUGAUGGAGGAGAGUCCGAGUUACAGUGGGAGAAGGGUGUGUGGGAUGCGGACGUAUUGAUAGGGCUGUCUUUGGCAACUGCCUCGAACUCCAUCACCCGGAAAUAAUCACCGUUAAUAUUCCCGAUCUAUCCCACUUCACCUCUCUUGAAUGUGUUUGACAAUGGAGAAGUGAUGGUAUUAUUAAAAUUUUGUGUUCUUGGGCAAGUCCAUUAGCCUCUUGUGGGUUCAUGUAGACACUGAAUUAGAUUAAGAGCUCUCACACAUGUCUUUCCUUGGGUGAUAGAAAGAUCUCCAGCUGGACCAAGCUCUUUCACCCCAAUUUGAAAAAUGACCACGUGUUCCCAAUUCUCAUUUCAAAAAAGUUACUGCAUCGUAUUUUCUCAAUCUUAAUUAUUUUUCUCAUACAUACAUCAUAAACCAAAUGGUACUUUCUAUAAGAAAUGCUCACAGGCAUCAAAUCAAGUAAGCAAAUAAAAAAAUGAAUGGAAAUGUCAGACUCAGCCAAACAUAUUUGGUUUCAGCCAUGUGUUUCUUGAGGCCACCUGUGCCCAUGUUCGUGAUUUUAUGUUGUGAUCAUAUCACAUGGUCAUAUUUGAUCCUAACUCCUACUUGGUUUGAAAUACAGCUUUUCAACAUGUUCCCCAGUCCCAAGACUGGGAUUAGAGUUUCCAGAGCCUUCCCCACCUGAAUAGUUUAUUAACCACGGGGGUAGAUGAUUUCUCAAGUCCCACCUGGACUAAUAUCUUUGACAAUCAAGCAAAUGUGGUUCAGGUUCUGUAGAACAGACCAAGCACUCAAGAGUCAAGUGAAUUGACAUCAUCCCUUUUAAUGGCACGGAACUCUUUGCUUGUUUCGACUGAACACACCUACUACUCCUGGCUUCAUUUCCCAUCUCUGUGCUUGGAAUCAGCGUUUUCCAGUGAAACAUCUUACCUGAGCUGCAGAUCCAGAUGCCUACUAGAUAUUGACAUCAGAAUAGACAUAUCAACUUUAAACGGAAUAAUAUCAAGUAUCUUUUCUCUGUAAUCUGGGUACCCCAUACGUUCCCAGGGCCAGGAGGUACUACACCUGUUGGUUGGAAGUUGCUCAAUAUAUGACACGGCAAGAAAAAUAACAGUCACUGAGUUUUGGCUGAUGAGUUAACAAGGAAUGGCCAAACCCAGAGUGCGUCUCGGUAUGGGUUGUGGUGCUGAGUUCAUCGAGAAUGGGACCGCAGGACAGAAAGGCCAGGAUCUAAGGCUGUGUGUGUGCCUGCCGACACUUGUCCUUCCUCUCUGCUGGUCCCCCCAAGAGCCCAGUCUUUCCGCCUCUAGACAGGUCAUCUCUUGGGAACCCUGCUCUUUGACUUUCACCAGAUGCUUUUUCUUUGGGCUCCUUUGCACCUUUCCUUGAUGGCGUCCCGGGACUCUGCCGCCCUCUGGUGGCCACGGAGGGCAGUUCAACACUCCGUUUUAUUCCGUGGAUUUCCAAAGAUGUUCAACCUUGCAGCUCAAAAACUUGUUUUGCUCACCUGCCCAUGGGCCUGGCGCGGAUGAAUAAAACUCGGUUGUUGCCCUUGAUAAGCUUCCAGCUGAGGGG